AUGACAACCUCUACGCCGUUGCAGAUGCAUCCGACAUUAGACCAGCUCCUCAGCACACUUAAUACGAAUCAACAUCAGGCAGUCACAGCACAUCCCUUUUCCAAAUUACAAAUCAUAGCUGGACCCGGUACAGGUAAAACAAAAGUGAUCACUUCACGUGUGGCUUACCUUUUACUUGAUGCUAAGAUACCUCCGGAAAAUAUAAUAGUAACUACAUUCACCAAGAAGGCAGCCAAUGAAAUGAUUGAACGAUUAAGAACCAUGCUAGAUAAUAUGAAUCUUGAUAAGUUAAUGAUUGGCACUUUCCAUUCAAUAUGUUUUAGGUUAAUUAUGAGAUAUGGGAAACCAUUGGGAUUAUCUGGGUUUGGAAUUGCAGAUGAGCGUGAUAAGGAGUUUUAUGUUAAGGAAAUAUUAAACGAACUAAAUGCCGAAGAACGUGAAUUGUUUCUGGGUAGAGAAGGAGAGAAAUUUAAGGGAGGUGGCAAGACUUCUCUCGAGCCGGUGUUAAUUCCUGGACCAGUAAUCUCUUUAAUAUCACUGUUGAAAUCUCAGGGAAUAACUUCAGACCAAUAUAGUCAAUCUCCAAGUAAAGAUAAAUGCCUACUGCUACUUUAUUCACACUAUCAACUGAAACUACAAGAGAAUAGGGUGUUGGAUUUUGACGAUUGUUUAUUGAAAUGUCAUGAAUUAGUAUCGAAAUUUCCUUUAACCAAUAUUGAACAUGUAUUGGUUGAUGAAUUUCAAGAUACAAAUGAAAUUCAGUUACAAUUAAUGUAUAAAUUUGGAACAAAUGUCACCAUUGUUGGUGAUCCAGAUCAAAGUAUUUAUGCAUUCCGUAAUGCUCAAGUAAUUAAUUUUCAAAAGAUGAUUGAUUAUUAUCAACGCCAGAACCAACAAUGUUCAAUAAUUACCCUCGAUCACAAUUAUAGAAGCACCAACGAUAUUCUUAUCUUUUCAGAAUCUGUGAUGAAGCAAGAAAAGGAACGUAAAUCCAAACAACUAGUUUCUCAACAUACAAAUGACUUUGGGUCUCCAAUUUAUGCUCAGUUAAAAUCUGAGUAUCAAGAAGCUAAAUGGAUAGCACUUCAAAUUACAACGCUUUUGUCGUUACCUACUACACCCAUACAUCCUCAAGAUAUCGCCAUUCUAGUAAGAUCUGCUUAUCAAACGAGAGUAAUAGAAACUGAAUUGAAUUCAAAUGGUAUACCUUAUCAUAUGAUACGAGGAAAGGCUUUCUGGAGUAGAAAAGAAGUUACAGUUAUGAUGGAUUAUUUAAGAAUUAUUGCCAAUGAGAAUGACAGAGUUGCGGUUUUAAGAACUAUAAAUUAUCCUAAACGAGGGAUUGGUGAAAAGACUCUUGAAAAGAUCGAUGAAUAUUUAAAAUUAGACGUUAACCAUUCAGUAUAUGAGAAAUUACGAUUUGCUGUACAAGGUGGUGUAAAUUUAUCAUCUAAAGUUCAAUCGAAUAUUAGUAAGUAUUUAAACACCAUUCAACAAGCCAAGGAGAAAUUAGACGCGUUGAGAGACGAUCACACCAAGCUUCCCGAAUUAUUCGAUUUUAUAACUAGUGAAUUUGAGCUCACUAAAGAAUGGGAACCUUCACAAGUAGAAAACAUAAAUGAAAUCAAAAAAUUACUUUCUGAGUUCACGCCUCCUUCUCCGGAUGAUGAUAUACCACCAAAGAAUAUUCUUGGACAAUUUAUAGACUCCAUGGGAUUAAAUGAAGCAGUUGAAGAACAAAAACAGUCAAGACACGCCCACUAUAAGGGUCAAGUCGCAUUAUCUACCAUUCAUGGUGCUAAAGGGUUGGAAUGGCCGGUUGUAUUUGUUCCUGGGUUAUCGGACGGACUACUUCCUUCAAUUAUGGCGAUUAAAGCAAACACUCAAGAAGCUAUAGAUGAAGAAAGAAGAUGUUUAUACGUUGCUUUAACAAGAGCUAAAUUACUUUUAUAUGUGUCUUGGUAUGUCGAAGAUGGCGACAAAGAAGAAAGACAAAGUUGGAGAAUGCAAGUCACUGAUCCUUCACGAUUCAUUGAGUUUAUCAAGAAUAAAGAUAAAAAGACGGGACUUGUUCAUAUCUUUCGUCAAAAGGACAAGGUGAAGUCCUUAUAUGAAAUAUUAGGGAAAAGAUGUCCAGAUUUUGAUUUGGAUGAGUUUAAUACAGUAUACAAGGAGAAAAUGAACUCAAUUCUUAAUCCGUUUAAUCCAAAAGGGAUUGUUGAUGGAUGUGAUAAUGGUGCAGAUAAAAAGGUUGGAUUUCAAAGUGCAUCAGACGUGAUUCAUACCACCCAAAACAAAAAGCAGAAAUUUGAACCAGGGAAUGAAAGUGUAACAAACAAACUAGGUGGGACCCAACCACACAGGAAGGGCUUAUAUGGAAAUCUUACAAAGGAUAAAAUAAAACCAAUGCUUAGGAAAACUGGAACUCAGCUUAUUCUGAAGCCAUCAAAUAAUAAAGCACCACCUUACGUACCUAGCAGAAGACCUGGAAGUUCAUUGGGAACCAAGCGCGUGUCAGGCCCAUUGGCGCUUCCUUCUAUUGCCAAUAGAGGAAAAGGUGGAACAAUGGGACAAUACCAGAGAGAGUAG